AUGCUCGAAUCACUGGUCCAAGAAGCUUCUUUCGCCGCGGAAGGACUUUGCUACGCGCCCUACUCCCACGAGCCAUGCGGCUGUGCCCUCCUGACGGACUGCGGGGUCAUAAAGUGCGGAUCUUUGGAGAAUUGCGCGUACCCCAACUCGAUUUGCGCGGUGAAGGCGGCGGUCGUGGCCGCUUUGGCCCGUGGCGCGAUGGAGAUCUCGGAGGUGGCGGUUUCGAGCACCACGGGGGCCGUUUGCGGCUGCUGUCUCGAAUUUUUGAAGUCGUUCGUGACGCCGGAGACGCCGGUGAGUGUGUUGCACGCGGCUUCGAAGCAGAGCGUGACGCAGACACUGGCUCAGCUGCUACCCGGUCCCUUCGCGGGUGCAUUCCGCCCCUCGCCCUUUUUGCAGAAGGCCUGGCACGAAGAUACCGUCACAGCUACCUUGCCCGCUCCAGUGCAGUUGCCGCCGGCGGCAGGGUUGACGGACGAGGCGCUGGCGCAGUUGGCGGUCGAGGCUUGUCGCCGGUGCUACACUCCGGUUAGCCACUUCCCGGUCGGUGCGGCGGUGCUAUACAUGAACCGCGCGGGUAAGUUAGAUGUCGCCGUCGGUGCCAACGUUGAGCAUCAUGUGUUGGGUAGUGGUCUGUGCGCUGAACGGUCCGCACUUUGCUCAGCCAUGAGCAAAUCCGGACUCGGAAGAGUCGUCAAACUCGCUGUCGUCUGUACCAAGCUUCCGGACUACGGUCGACCAUGCGGAGCCUGUCGCCAAGGCCUCGUGGAGUACGGCGACUUCCCCGUCAUUCAAUGCUGGCUGGAACACGACACGCUUCUCACCUCAUCCGAAACCACACUCCAGAUCCUGCCCAACGCAUUCGUGCCCCAUUCUUUGGACGACGAAGUCGAGAUCCAGGACAAGAAACAGUAA